AUGGGAGAGGGGCGCAUUCGCUGUUACUACGAGGUGCUCGAGGUGGAGCGGAAGGCCACCUAUGAUGAAAUUCGCGCCGCCUACAAGAAAAAGUCACUCCAGUAUCACCCCGACAAGAACUACGGCAAUCAAGAGGAGGCCGCUGUGCGUUUCAAAGAGGUUCAAAACGCCUACUCAAUCCUUAGCGACGCCGACGAGCGGGGAUGGUACGACUCCCAUCGCGAGGCGAUCCUGCGGGGCGGCGAUGGCACCGGUGACCCGGACGAAUUGAACCUGUACGAGUACUUCACCGCAGGCUGCUUCGACGGCUUCGACGACGGUGAAAGCGGGUUCUACACUGUUUACCACAAGGUGUUCGACAUGCUUAUCGAGGAGGAGUGCAACUACGACUCCCGCUCAAAGUUGUGGCCGGGCUUCGGCACGAGCACGAGCGACUGGGCGGAUGUUCAGAAGUUCUACGGACACUGGCGCAACUUCAGCACCUACAAGACAUUCAGUUGGAAGGAUGAAUACAAGGUGAAUGAGAUGGAGGAUCGCUACUCCCGCCGCAUGGCUGGCCGCAUCAACAGCAAGGCGCGCGACGGCGCCAAAAAGGAGUACGUGCGCACCGUGCAAAGCCUUGCUCAGUUCGUUUACCGCCGGGACCCGCGUGUGAAGGCGGAGCUGGAGCGUCAGGAGGAGGAGGAGCAAGCGAAGCGCCAGGAGCGUGAGAGGCAGGAGAUCGAACGUCUGAAGCGGCGUCGCGAGGCGAACGAACGCGUGUGGGCUGAGGCCGCGGAGCGCGAGGCCCGCGAGGAGGCAGAGCGGGCGGCACGAGGUGAGGCCAUGGAUGGGUCGAUAUUGGAGAUGCUGUAUGAAAAGGAGCGGCAAACGAAGGAGAUGAUGCGUGGCAACGGCGGUGUCGGCGCGCACACGGCCGGCUUUGCCAUGCUAGGAGGGGACGAUGACGAGGUGGUGGCGGUGUUCAACUGCCCCGCGUGCAAAAAGCAGUUCAAGUCCGAAAACCAAUACAAGGAGCACGUCCGUAGCAACAAGCACAAGACAAAGCUGAAGCAGUUGGCCGCCAAGGGCACGGAUGUGACUGCGCUCAUGGGCGAGAAGGUAGAGGGCAGCAGUGACGUUACGGAGGAGUGA